GAGCACCCCCCCAAAAGAAAGAAAGAAAGAAGAAAAUGUCCCCCCAAAGCAAUCCCACCUCCAGCCCGUACUCAGCGCCUCCGCCGCCAAUGAUGAUGAUGGUGAUGAUGGUGAUGGUGAUGAUGGUGAAUACAUUGGAAAGUUUUUUUGGCCCCGGCGAGGGGUGUCAGAUUGAAGGCUCUGUGCGCAUGUGCGAAGGUGUCCGGAAUUGACAAUGCUGGGGAGAUGAAGAUAGCGUGUAGCAGCUUCGGGAGUCAAGGAGGAGGAGAGGGAUUCAGCCAGCCGACAACAUGAGAUCCAAGGCGAGGGCCAGAAAGCUAGCCAAAAGUGACAGCGAUAUUGUAAAUAAUAUGUACGAGACAGACCCGGACCUCUUGGCUGGCGAAAGUGCUGAGGAAGAGACCGAGGACAGCAUCAUGUCCCCUAUCCCCAUGGGACCGCCUUCCCCCUUUCCCACCAGCGAGGAUUUUACCCCAAAAGAGGGUUCACCUUAUGAGGCCCCUGUCUACAUUCCUGAUGACAUUCCAAUCCCACCAGACUUUGAGCUCCGAGAGUCCUCGAUUCCAGGGGCUGGACUGGGAAUCUGGGCCAAGAGGAAGAUGGAAGCUGGGGAGAGGCUGGGACCUUUCAUGACAGUGCCCAGGACCACGCUGAAGGAGACAAACUUUGGAUGGGAGAGCAUGUUUGUCUUUAAAAAAAUCACUAAUGAGGUCCCGCCAGAGGUGGUCUGCAGAACAGAAGGACACUGGGGCAGGAAGCUGGCUCAAAUUUGA